AUCACCAACACCACCACCACCGCCGUCUCCCCCGCCGCCGUCUCCGCCUCCACCGCCACAGCCACCACCACCGUCCAAGCCGAGGUUCAUCGAAACGUAUUGGCUCGCGCUGCACUGCCUGGCGGAGCGGAGGAUGAAGGUCUUGGUGGGACUGGUGGUGGGCCGGUCAAGCCUCCUCCCACUGCCGGCGGGGCGUCCCCCAGAACAGGCACCUUAUCCUUCACGCCACGCCUUACUCGCGGCCUCGCCACUACUGCCUCGCCGCCACCAACCAACAUCGACACGUGCAGGACGUCUCCGCGGGAUGACAGUGGCGCGCCGCCACCCGCCUGAACCCGCCCCAUCCUUCUCGGCUGCCACCGCCACUGCCACCGCCCGGCCUCAAUUUAGGAAGUCGUCGGCUAUCGCCAGCCUGUACCUACAUGGCGGACACCUGGGGCGCCGUGCCCCGCCGCUCCCCGCUGGCUGGUCUGCGCGGCGCGUUCUGCUGACGGGCAACGUGCGGCGCCUGGCGCGGCGCUUCGAGGAGAAGGCCAGCAGCGGCGCUGACGCCCCAGACUCCAGCGGCGAUGAUCGCUGGCUGCCCACCAGCGUCAGGCUGCGGCGUCUACUGCGCCACACUCAGGCCAGGGCCGCCGCCACCACCAUCGCUCACCGGCGUCCGCCCCCGCCCCCUCCUCGCCACGACUCCAAGCGGCUGAGCGGGAGCGUGGGGCGGCAUGACAGUGACCUGGACUUGCUGGUGCGGGAGGGGGAGGCUGUGUCUACCCGCCUACGUUCUUUGCUUACCCACAGCCUAGGCCCCUCCCCCACGCCCGCCCCCGCCGCCGCCAGGAGCAGACGAGCCGCCUCUACAGACUCCGCCAGACACCACUCCCUGGAACGCGAGUCAGAGGCGCGGCGGGGCGGCAAAGAGUCCCCGUGGCGGAGUCUGAGCCGGGGUGACCUUACGGGGGACGACAGCGAGAGGGAUGAGACUUACAGCCGCCCACACCGAGCCAGGUCCCUUACAGACGUGCGCCGCCCACCCCACCACACCCACCACACCCACCACUCCUACCUGCCCCCGUCCCCACCCCCACGCAGAGGUGCCGGGAGUUCAGUCAGCGGCCUCAAGACUGGCCUGACCCCAAGACCACCAGCAGGAGGAGGAGGAGGAGUAGGGGGAGGAGGAGGAGGAGGAGGAGGAGGAGCGGGAGGAGGAGAAGGCGGGCGUACAUCUACUAGACGUGACUUGUUCCCCAGCAGCAUCCCCAGCACGCCUCUCUCUGUGGGCCACCUGACGUCCUCCCCAGCGCCAAUCAUGGACGACCCGGAGAUGUACAGACUGGAGGAGGAGACAAGGUACCUUCAGACAGAGGUGCGUCGCCUGGAGGACAUGCUUGCUUCCUCCCGAGCUGAGCAAGACACUGUGUCUGUCCGGUACAAUGCCCUGUCCGACCACGUUGCGGACGAGUGGCAGGAGUACCAGAAGAGACUCGAGUAUUUCAAUGAGGUGCACCGCAAGCAGACCACACUCAUAGACCGGCUGGCCAACAAGGUGCGGGAGUACAGGGGAAGGUGCCGUGAGCUGGAGAUGCGCUCCACAGAGACCACCCGACUGAGGGAGACCACAGAGCGGGACCUGGAGACGCUGAACAUGGCCCUGAGCACUGCCGAGGAGAGACUUAGGGCGUCUGAGGCUCAGCACACCUUUGACCUGGAGAGCCUGGUCAAGCUGGAGGAUGAGCAGACCAGGUGUGAGGCAUACGAGAGCCAGGUGUCCAGCAUGCAGGAGCAGGUAGGACGGCUGGAGACAACGGUGGCCGGCCUGAAGGAUGAGAGGGACAAGGCUCAGACUGCUCUCAAGCGCUUGACGGAUGAAGUCAAGGCUAAGGAGGAGCAGUGGGCCUCCGAGUCACAGAUAGCUCAGCGCUUCAACAACUACUACAUCUCGGGCCACAAGAGUCUGCUUGACCUGUGGCGGGAGAUUGGAUCCGUCAAGCGUAACUUCACGGAGGUCAAGCAUCUCACCUCCCGCGACUUGACGGAGCUGAAAGGGGACCUCGAGCGCUACGCCCAUCAGCUGACUACCGCCUGCACCACCGCCCAGGCCAACAUGAGCUACAUUCCCACGGGCGAACGGGACGAGUAUGUGGUGGCUAAUCCUGCCGACCUAUGGAGCCGCAUCCAGGAGUGCGAGAAGGCCCAGAUGCGUACCGAAUCUGAGAAAAGUUCGCUCAAGGAAAAAAUCAACGACCUCAACUCUCGCAUCUCGGAGCUCAACAACAGCCUCAGGAACAAGGACCGCACCAUCCAAGACCUUAACAAGAAACUGGACGAAGGGGUGGCGGAGGCGGAGUACCAGGAGACCCUGAAGGAGAAGGUGCGGACCCUGGAGGCAUACAUGGUGGAGAUCGCACAGACUGUCAUCAAGGACGCCGAGCAGACUGGCGGGGAGGCUGAGGCCAAGGCGCCCUCUGCCUUCAGGUGUGUCUCGGUCAUUCCGACUAAGUCAAAAUGCCACUCUUCCAGCUCCUUAGACACAUCCUCAAAUUUCCCAGUGCCCCAUCCUCUCACAUUCACACACCCGCGUUUCUCACUGAACACAAAACUGUUCCUUCCUGAGAGCCACAGUGCAGUGUUGAGUGUGAAAAUGGAGCAGGUGCACAGGUUUGAAUCCUGUCCGGAGGAAGCACAGAGGUUAGUCACUCCUGAACACGUGAGCCAAGUAGUGUUGUGGCAUUCCUUUCCCUUUGCUUCACCUGAAUUGUUCCCCACCGCGCUGAGUAGUGACACGCUGCUGCAGUGUGACUUGCCUGACCACCAAGACACUACCUCAUCAGAGUCCAAAACUACAUGUCAUCAGACCAGUGUGCUUAAAACUGGCCUGGCAUUCAAUGUUAUAGUGAGACUUCCUUAUUCAGAUGAAGGACUCUGGCUACUUAAGACUCAACUGAAGCUCAAUAUAAGGAAGUUGACAUCACUGAAGAGUAUGAGAGUGCAGAAGAAAGUGUUAGAGACUAUCUCUGAGCUGCGGGAUGAGCUGGAGGCUGUGGUGCGCCAGAGGGAGGAGGUCACUCGGGAGAAGGACCGACUCACAGAAGACCUUGAUGCAAUCUCUGCUGAGAAGAAUAGCCUGGAGAAGACAAGGCAGUCACUCAAGACUCAGCUGGAGAGUGCCCAGGAGGAGGCAAGUCGGAAGAGCCGUCACAUCUCGGAGCUGGAGAAGGAGAAGGCAGCGUUGGGGGAGGAGAGAGCGUACCUCAACACCCGGCUGGCCAAGGAGAAGGAGGAGGUGCAGAAACACACGCACACCAUCAGUGUCCUCAACUCAGAGCUUGCCAGUGUCCACCAACAGGUAACUGUUCUGUCGGAGUCACUGGGGAAGGUGAGGGCAGCGGAGGAACGGCUGGACCAGGAGAAGGAUGACUUGCGGGACCAGAUUCGUUCCAUGGAGAGACAGCGGGCAGACCUGGAGGCGAAGCUUGCCCACUCCCUGCGCCAGGAGAUGGACAUGAGGGAAGCAUUGGAGAAGGUUGAAGCUUACAGCAUAACACUGGGACAGGAUAAGUCCCAGCUGGUGGCCAAGAUCACAUCGUUGGAGACAGAGCGAGCGUCACUCAGCACAGAGCGUGCUGAGCUGCGGUCUGACAUUGAGAGGCUAAAGGAUGACCUGGAUGCACUGAGUGAAGAGCGGGCGAGUCAUGAGGCAUCCAUCACGGCACUCAAUGAAAAGAUUGUACUACUCAAUGUGGAGAAAGAAAAGAUUGAGCUUGAGCUGACAGACACCAUCUCGGAGCGGAAUGAGCUUCACAGCCAGCUUGCAGCACUGGAGCGCAUCAAGACGUCACUGGAAGGAGAGGUGACAGCACUCAACAACACCGUCAUGGAGAAGAGCAGAUUGGUGGACCAACUCAAUGCUGACAAGGAGAGUCUUACCAAGGAAAAUGCUGAGAUGGAGGUGCGGCUGAGUGGGGCGGAGAAGGAGCUGAGUGCCUUGCGGGACACACUCUCAACACUCAAAAUGGAGAAGCAGAGUGUGGAAAGUUUUGCCUCAUCCCUGGAGAAGAAGUGGUCUGCCAGUGAGGCACGGCGCACACAGCUGGAGAAAGAAGCCCAACAGCUCACAGCAGACAAGGAGAAGCUACACACACAGAUGAACAAGCUGCAGCGGGAACUUGAGGGUGAGCUGGCCAAGGCCCGGGAGGCACGUACUGCCCUUGAGCGGCGCCUCGAUGAGAAGGAGACAGAGCACAAGAAGGCCCUCAUGAUGCUGCGAGACCAACAUGAAGAGUCCCUGGACUCACUUCGGAAGGAGAAGAACAACAUCGUGACAGAGCUGGAGGACAAGCUCAACAUGUCCAUCCACUCAAUGAAGAUGGAGAGGGACGAGCUGGAGCUGAAGAAAGACCAGGAAAUCUCAUCUCUCAAGCGCCUCACUGAGAAACUCCAGCGAGACAAGGAUGAUUCGACCUUGCGCUUCGAGGAGGAAAAACACCGAUCCAUGAUGCUGGCCCAACAGGAGAUUGCCAGUCUGGAGGAGAAGGUGGCCGGGCUGCAGCGUGACCUGUCAUCAUAUGAGUCACAGUUGGAGCAGCUGCGACGUGAUGGGUCCAGCAAGGCUGAGGCAGGGCGGGCAAGUGAAGGUGCACUGCACAACAAGAUCAUUCAGCUCAAGGAGGAACUGCACACCAACAGCCCUCCAUCUCAGCAGGGCACGGAGGAGAAGAGAGCAUCGCUCAAGAAGGAAAUCAGUCGACUCAAUGAGGACAUGAGGUUGUUUGAGGAACGGCGAUCCACGGAGCUGCAGACCUUCAUCAAGAAAGCUGACCAAGAGAAGAAGGAUCUACAGAAGCGACUCGAUGACAAGGAGAACAAACUUAGCUCACUGGAGAUCUCCGAGGCCAAACAUGCAGACUUGAUCGCCCGCAUGACGGCUCAACUGCGAGAACUGAACUCAGUGAAGCAAGAUGCACAGAGGGAGACAUCUGAACUCAAGAAGAAGUUGCAGCUCCUGGAAACUGAAGGAUUGAGCAAAUCUCAAGAACUGGAGAACCUACGCCUGCGCCUCUCCUCAGAGGAAGACAGACACAACGAGAGUCGCAAGGAAGCCACCAAAUUGCGGACCAAGUUGGCAGAGUACGAGCGUGACCGAGACAACCUUCAGACAGAACUUGCCUUGCUGGAGCGGCGACUCACUGAGCUGGAGGAUCACCAUGCCGCCAAGGAGCAUGAGCUGGCCACUAGCUUGGAGGAGUCCCGUGCCAAUGAACGUAAGCUGAAUGAUGAGAAGAAAAAUCUUGAGAACUACCUUAAUAAUGCCAACCAACAGAUCAGCAACCUCAAGGUGAAGCUGUCCCGUGAGGAAGGGCACGUGGAGGCACUGGAGCAGCAGCUGGGCACGCUGGACAAUACCCGAGAGCAACUGGAGAAGAAACUUCAGAAUGUGUAUGCCUCACUGCGCGCUGUCACCCGCAUGUACCAGGACAUCUCUCCAGCCUCUCCCUCUCUCCGUUCCAGGAAGGGCACCAAGAUUGGUUUCGAGCUGUCUGGUAGCCAGACAGACCUGCAGGCUUCCCUUGAGUCCAUUGGGUCGCCUGAGAAGAUCAACGUGGCUGAGAUUGAUCCCGAGUCUGUGCGUCAUGAGCUGAGGGCUCUGAUGACCCAGAUGAAUCAAGUGGAGCUGGAGAGGGAUGACGCAGUGGCUCGCGUAGCAAGUCUGGAGCGUCAACUCUCUGAGCUCCAGGAGGUGCACCAGAAGUCUGAGGCGCGGCUGAGGGACGUCACUCGCACCCUCUCAGAGUUGGAGGAGAGGAAGCGAUAUGCUGACGACAAACUCAACAAGGCUGUCUCUCAGUCCAGCCAACAGGAGGACUCUCUCCGACACAAGGAGAGUGAGAUCCGAUCCCUGAAUGAGGAACUGAGCAACACUCGCCGCAAAAUGUCAGACUUGGAGCAGGAGAGAUCCACCCUCAGUGACCGUGUGCAAAAACUGAAGAGUGCUGUGAGUCGCAUUGAAAUGGAGAAUGCUGACAUCAGGGAAAAGCUGCGAGCCUCAGAGCAGCGUGAGACCUUGCUGGAUGACUCUAAGGCUCGGCUGGAGGCUGAACUCAGUGCCGCCAAGAAGAACACCAGUGAAAAGCACAUGGAAAUUGAGAACCUGCACGCCUCCAAGGAGAGUUUGAACCGGUCUGUGCGGACACUGGAGGACCAGAAUUCCUCACUACGCAAUAAGGUGGAAGACUUGAAGACCAAACUGACAUCCACAUCUAAGUCCGAGGGUGAACUGAAGGACAAACUGUCAUCCAUGAACCGGUCGCUCAAAGAAGCCAUGUCCUCAUCUGGCAGCAUGCAAGAAGACCUCAGCAGGUCCCAGAACCUGCUGACACGCAACGAGGCAGAACGGCGACAGCUGGAGGAACGAGUGGCAGACCUGCAGAGCACUGUUGGUGAGCUCAAGCGUCAGAAGGACCAACUGUCUGAGUCCAAGAACAAGGCUCAGCAGGACCUCUCCAAUGCAGAAAUCAGAAAUGCUGAGCUGGAGAUGGCCAUGAAGUCUCUCAAAGGGAACCUUGGUGAGCGAUCCUCAACGGAUGAGCUUCUCUCAAAGGUUACCCGCCUGGAGCAAGAGAAGGCAGAACUCCGUGCCCAAGUGGCUGAUCUGGAGAGAAAGUUGGCCAUAAGUGAGGCGGAAAAAAAGGAUUAUGAAAAAGCAGAGCAUAGACUUGAGAAGGACAAAUCUGAUCUCAAGAAAAUUCUAAAUAAGUAUGAGCAUGAUAGGAAGGACCACCGGCGGUCUCAGCCUGACAGCCACACAGGGCGGCCAGACCAGCCCUACAUGGACUCAUCGGUGAGCAGCAUGCGCAUCGAGAACAUGGAAUUGAGGAGGAAGAUUGAUGACCUCGAAACUCAGAACACAGAGAUGCAGCAGAAGCACUUGAAGGAGACUCUGGAGAUGAGCAGUGACCACAGACGAGAACGGCAGAUUGACAGCGAGAAGAUCCGUCGCCUCACCAACCAGAUGGAGGCAAUCCGUCAGGAGAAGGAGAGAUGCGAGCUGAGGAUCCACUCUCUGGAACAACAGAUUGCCCAGUACCGUGACCAGAUCCGAGAAUACCGCAAUAGGAGUUCAGCAGUGGCAGCAAACGUGCGGCGUAUCCGAACAUCCAUGACAGACUCCCUGCACACCAUUGGCACUCACCCGAGGGUCUCCAGUGGCAUCCUCGACACGGAGAUCCAGCGGAUUGAGCGGCUUCCCUCCUCUGCCUUGCGUAGUCAGUUCCGUGUGGGUCGGGGAUCGGACAGCUUCCGUCCUUGGGCCCCCACGGCCUCCUCCUCACACAUCCUCUCGGCCAGCCAGAGCAGGUCGCCACGCUCGUCCCGCUCCCGCCGCUAUGCCUCGGCUUCCCCCGGGCCGGAUCGCCGCACUGACCAACCCAAGAAGACGUUGACCUUCACGUGAUAUGGAGCUGCAGUGCAGCAAGCUCAACCUGUUUUGUUUGGCACAGUGGUGUAGGUGCUGGUGGAGAGUGAAGAGUAGUCUGUGGUUGGUUGUGUUGCCAAUUCAUCUAUGGUGAAAUGGACAUCAACAGACUUGUGAUGUUGAUGAGUGAGGCCAAGGCACAAGGAAUUAUCCAUGAGGGUGUUGUUGUGCCUUGCCUCUUAAAGCUGAAAAACUUUUCCUCUUUAUCACAUGAAGAGCAAACUGGUGGCAGCUCAUAUUGGUCCAUGAGGUGAGGAUGCACUGCCACAGGUAGCUAUGUGAACUGCAUCGUUUGGACUUGCUACAAAACACUGCCACUUUAAAGUAUCUCAACCUGAAUGUAGUAUUGACUCUACCAUUGCAGUUUCAGGCUUUGAGAACCCUGCUGGGGAGAGAUGCUGGUGUUUGUUAUUUACACUGCCAGUCUUGCAAUGUGAUAAUUUUGGUACUAUAAGACUGAGUUGUUAAAGGGCUGCUCUUUGUACACAGUGAAAGUGUAACAGUCACAAAAGUUGGUUACUAACAACCUUUAAUACCAAGAAAAGAGUGUUCUGCAAAGUAAUAUAUUAGAAUUUCCACAACACUGAGCAGCACCUUCCUCAGCUUGCCUUAUGCUUGUUGACAGUACAAACCAAAGCGUAAUUGUAACAUUGCUACUGGGAGUCCACAUCAUGCCUUAAGACAGACAACCAGACUCAGCAGUGGUGCUUACCUGCCACAACCAACAAACUGCAGUGUAUUGGCUGAGAAAGAGUCUUAUUUGUCAUCACAGACAAACUCAAGUAGCUCAUCUAAAGUCAAUGUAGCCAUUUGUAGAUUCAGGUGAUAAAAAAAUUGACACUGCACAUUCCUAGAAGGUAGUGAAUCAAGUGUAGCCUUAGGUACACACUUCGUCCAUUUGGUGUGCCUUCUUUUGUUCAAGUGAUGAACAAAGUUUUUAUAUUGCAAGUUCAAAACACAAGAAACUACCAACAACUUGGCAAUGGAAAGGCCUCCAGCAGCUGUUAGUGUGUUCCUCUUCUCACAGUUUUAUUGUUCCAAAAUUCAUGUAAUUCAAUAGUUCUACUAUAAGUGAAAAAUAUUAAAUCUCAUCCAAACUUAAUGUACAAGAAAGCUGCUAGCCUUGACCACUGCCAUGCUGCCAGUAUUCUGUUGCUAUCACACAUUUGUUACAGAAAUAUUUAUUAUAUUACAUGUAAAGACUAUUAUAUUUAGAACAUUUGUGAGUAUUUUUUUAUGUAAGCAUAAUUUACAGUGAUUCUCUAUCUCUCUCUCUCUCUCUCAGACCAAGGACCCACCACAGCCUCCCCCUGGCAAUACUUUCCUUUCAACCUUCCCAACACGGUACUUACACAUCUCCACACAGUCUUUCCCCAGAGGUGUUUUCUGGGCAUCAAUCCAAAGAAUUGUAUAUCAGGCCAGUCAAUAUGAUUUAAGGAAUUGCUGUAAUUAAGUCUCUUCACUUCUUUUUUGUACAGCUGUGAAAAAAGUUUUAACUGAUUUUCUUCAUUCUUUCAGUCCAUUCUGUUGUUGAUUACGUUCCAUGUCACUUUCUUAUUGGUCUACCAGUAGACCAACAAGUGAAGUUUAGAUUGCAGGUGACCACUGGUGCUCAGAGUCCACCCAAAUGUACAGCACAAACCAAACACAGGCAUUGGGACUUCCCCUUUUCUUGUGUGUGAGAAAGGAACAUGACAGUCCCAAAGGAGACAAUGCUGUAAUUCCUAUACUGAUUUUACAUUUUAUAAUCCUGUAACUAAAUACUUGUUUUUAAGUAAGUUAUUAGUACUAUUGUUGAAAAUUGUGACAUUAGACCUUUAGGGAAACACAUGGGAUCAAGUGUCUGCCUCAAAUUUUGAUAGUUUACUUUUGGGUAACUGUCAUUUGUAUUUAAAUUAGCUUAUGAAUAUGCAUGUCUUGUAGAUAGACACAAAUAAAACUACAUGAAGUCUA